ACUACGCGCCGCGACGCUGCGGGGGGGCUCGGCCCUGGGCCACGCCGGCGAUUGGCGUGGGGGCGGGACCCGGGGGCGCGGCCGUCGGCGGAUUGGUAGAGUGCAGCGGGGGCGGGCUCGCGCAUGCUCUUAAGUGGCAGCGGCGGGGACGGGGUCAGUGCCAAGAUGUCGACCGCGGCGGUUCCGGAGCUGAAGCAGAUCAGCCGGGUAGAGGCGAUGCGUCUGGGGCCCGGCUGGAGCCACUCGUGCCACGCCAUGCUGUACGCCGCCAACCCCGGGCAGCUCUUCGGCCGCAUCCCCAUGCGCUUCUCGGUGCUGAUGCAGAUGCGCUUCGACGGGCUGCUGGGCUUCCCCGGGGGCUUCGUGGACCGGCGCUUCUGGUCGCUGGAGGACGGCCUGAACCGGGUGUUGGGCCUGGGCCUGGGCUGCUUGCGCCUCACCGAGGCCGACUACCUGAGCUCGCACCUGACCGAGGGCCCGCACCGCGUCGUGGCGCACCUGUACGCGCGGCAGCUGACGCUGGAGCAGCUGCACGCCGUGGAGAUCAGCGCGGUGCACUCGCGCGACCACGGCCUGGAGGUGGGGCCUCCGCCCGGGCCCCGCCCCCCGCCCCGGGGUUUGGCUCUGGCCCCGUGGAAGGCACCGAUGGGUUCUGGGCCUCGUGCGGGUCCCGCUGUACACCCAGAAGGAUCGUGUCGGAGGCUUCCCCAACUUCCUGAGCAACGCCUUUGUGAGCACGGCCAAGUGCCAGCUCCUCUUUGCCCUCAAGGUGCUCAACAUGAUGCCCGAGGAGAAGCUGGCUGAGGCCCUGGCUGCGGCCACCGAGAAGCAGAAGAAGGCCCUGGAGAAGCUGCUCCCGGCCUCCUCCUGAGGGCGGCCUGGUCUGCUGGCACCCUCCCCUGGGCUAGAAGGCUGGGAAUUCCUGCCAAGUGUGGUUUCUAGAGUGUUUGUACCCUGCUUCUGACUGUCUGGGGCGAGUGGGCCUCCUGUCACGUCCACUGUCCCAAGCAGUCACUAGGUAGUGGCCAGGCCCACUGGGACCCAGCCCAUCCUCUUAGGCUGGGCAGGGUGGUCUGGGCACCCUGGGUCUGCCUCUCCAGCUUCGGGAUGCUUUCAUUCUGGGGGCUCAGACCCUCAUUUGUGUGUAUCUCACUGUGGCUGAUGGAGGCCCAGGUAGUGCCUGAUUGUCCCACGGGGGAGGUGCACAGUUCUUGGACCACUCAGAAGACAGGAUAUGUGGGUGGAGGAUGCCUUGUCUGUCUAGGUUAGUUCGUUCCUUCCUGAGCCAGCCCAGGGCCUAGGGGAGAGCCAGCUUGGGGUAGGAAGUUAAUACUGUUAAUUUUGUUUGUUGUUGGAUUUACUUUGCUAGAUUUUCUCUUUCACCACGUGUGAACUGUGGGUGAGGUUUCAUGGUAGCUUUGCCCCACGUGGCUUGAUUCCCAGGGACAGUCAGGGCCUUGGGGGCCCAACUAUAUAUGGAUCUGUGGCAAGAGAAGAAGACAAUAAAGUCGCUCCUCAGCUGCUC